AAUCGGAAGCUGUCAUCUUUAACUUAACGCUGGUCAACAACAGCUGCUUUGCAAGAAACACGACUGAAGUAGUUGGCGAUGUGACGUGCACGUCAACCUACCUGUACGAGGUUUGGAAAGUUGUGUGUGUGUGGUGCUACUCGUCCAUGGUGUAGCUCUAAGUGUGGCGCCGUCUCUGAAUAGGAGCACCAUGGCAAUGUGGAUCCAGGCCCAGCAGCUGCAGGGUGAGGCCUUGCACCAGAUGCAGGCGCUGUAUGGCCAGCACUUCCCAAUCGAGGUGCGACACUACCUGGCCCAGUGGAUUGAAUGUCAGCUCUGGGAUUCAGUGGAGUUGGACAACCAAGCAGAGGAAGCCAAAGCUAAGCGUCUGCUGGACAGCCUGGUGGCGGAACUGCAGAAGAAAGCCCAGCUACAAGGAGGGGAGGACGGCUUUCUGCUGAAGAUCAAGCUGGGCCACUACGCCAACCAGCUCAAGAGCACUUAUGACCGCUGUCCUUUGGAGCUGGUGCGCUGCAUUAAACACAUCCUGCACUCGGAGCAGAGGCUGGUUCAAGAAGCUACAAAUGCCAGCACUGGCAGUGGGGUGCAGGCCAUGGACAGCCUGUCACAGCGACACCAGCAGAUCAACCAGGCCUUUGAGGAGCUCCGUCUCUCCACACAGGAGACUGAGAAUGAACUGAGAAAGCUGCAGCAUAGCCAGGAGUACUUCAUCAUCCAGUACCAGGAGAACCUGCGCAUCCAGGCCCAGUUGAGCAGCCUGUCUUCACUGCCUCCAGCUGAGCGCACCCAGCGGGAGACCGCCCUACAAACCAAGAGGACCACUGUAGAGGCCUGGCUCACUAGAGAGGCCAGCACACUCCAGAAAUAUAGGCUUGACCUGUCAGAGCAACACCAGAAGACCCUGGCCCUGCUAAGGAAGCAGCAGACUCUGAUCCUGGAUGAGGAACUCAUCCAAUGGAAGAGAAGGCAGCAGCUGGCUGGCAAUGGGGGUCCUCAUGAGGGGGGGCUGGAUGUCCUCCAGUCUUGGUGUGAGAAGCUGGCUGACCUGAUCUGGCAGAACCGGCAGCAGAUCAGACGGUGUGAACAUCUGACCCAGCAGCUUCCUCUGCCGGGUCCAAUGGAGGAGCUGCUGAGCAAACUCAACGCUGACAUCACUGAUAUCAUCUCCGCCUUAGUUACGAGUACCUUCAUAAUUGAAAAGCAGCCGCCCCAGGUGUUAAAGACCCAGACCAAGUUUGCAGCCACAGUGCGCCUUCUGGUGGGCGGGAAGCUCAACGUCCACAUGAAUCCACCUCAGGUCAAGGCUGUCAUUGUAAGCGAACAGCAGGCCAAAGCUCUGCUGAAGAAUAAGAGCACACACAGUGAAAGCAGUGGAGAAAUCCUGAACAACAACUGUGUAAUGGAGUAUCACCAGGCCACUGGCACCCUCAGUGCACACUUCAGAAACAUGUCACUGAAGCGGAUCAAGCGGUCGGAUCGUCGAGGUGCAGAGUCAGUGACGGAGGAAAAGUUCACAGUUCUGUUUGAAUCACAGUUCAGUGUUGGGGGCAACGAGCUGGUCUUCCACGUCAAAACCUUAUCACUGCCUGUGGUAGUGAUCGUCCACGGCAGUCAGGAUAACAACGCCACAGCCACUGUCCUGUGGGACAACGCCUUUGCUGAGCCGGGCAGGGUGCCAUUCAUCGUGCCAGACAAGGUGCAGUGGCCCCAGCUGUGCGAGGCCCUCGAUAUGAAGUACAAGGCAGAGAUGCACAGCGGACGCGGCCUCUCAGAGGAUAACAUGGUCUUCCUGGCACAGAAAGCUUUCACAAGCAGCAGCAACAACCUUGAGGACUUUCGCAACAUGACUAUAUCCUGGGCCCAGUUCAACCGGGAGAGCUUACCUGGACGCAACUUUACCUUCUGGCAGUGGUUUGAUGGAGUCGUAGAGCUCAUGAAGAAACAUCUCAAGCCUCACUGGAAUGAUGGGGCCAUCCUGGGCUUUGUAAACAAGCAGCAGGCACAGGACAUGCUGCUGUCCAAACCCAACGGCACCUUCCUGCUGCGAUUCAGCGACUCUGAGAUUGGAGGCAUCACCAUCGCCUGGGUGGCUGAGAACCCCAACAAAGCAGGUGAGAGGCUGGUCUGGAAUCUGUUGCCUUAUACAACCAAGGACUUCUCCAUUCGUUCCCUGGCUGACCGCAUCAGUGACUUGAACCACCUUCUGUUUCUCUACCCUGACCGGCCCAAAGGCGAGGUCUUCGCCAUGUACUACACCCCUCCACUCUCAAAAGCAGUGGAUGGAUAUGUCAAACCACAGAUCAAACAAGUUGUGCCAGAAUUCACCACCCCAAACCCUGAACCCAGUGGAGGAACUCCUACGUUCAUGGACCAAACAGCUUCUCCGUCUGUGAGCCACCCCAACAACUUUGGCGUCUACCCUUCUAUGAGUGACACCAUGUUGGAUGCAGAUGGAGACUUCGACCUGGAGGACACGAUGGACGUGGCUCGCCACGUGGAGGAGUUGCUCCGCAGGCCUAUGGUCAACCAGUGGAGCAGUCCACCGUCGUGAACCUGAAACCUGAACCUACUGCACACCUUCAGGUUUCCCACCGAUUAACAGAAAACCACAACUGCAACCAAGGCAAAACAUCUUCUGUGUUAAUCAGUCACUCUCAGAUCCACAUUACAAUUCAGUUUUUUUAGCCGUCUACUUGCUUCUGUCAAUGUUACCGACAUUUGACAGAGGCAGGUUGUUUCUCAGGGUUAACGUGUUUAGUUGGUUUGGAUCAAUGGGUUUUAGACAAAAAGACAUAGUCAGGUUGCAGGUAAGCUUUGCAAUUUAUAUAUGCCUAAAGAGCUUUUAGCUGUCAAUCAGAGACUUUUGCAUUUAAAAAAAAAACAAAAAAAAAAACAGACUUGCUUAUCUUAAAAAUAAUUUUAACAAGGCCGUGAGUUAUUACUUUCAAUGUUGUGUAAGAGGAAUUCUUUUUUUUUUUUAUGUACAUAGUCGGUUUAGAUGUUACGAAAAAAUGGAAUUUUAAGUCUGCCAUUGCUAUUGUUGCGUUUGUCGUGGUGCUUUUUGUAUAACAUUUUAUAUAACCGCCAAUAUCAUUGUUCUACCUUGAUUUAAAGCAAAAUGUUUAAAUGGCCAUUGAUGUCAUAUUUGUUCUCAUAAAAUUGAUAACUGCUUACUGAUUUUAACACUUCCAUAAAUCAUUUUUUGUUUAGUCAGAUUAAGUUUAAAAUACAUUUCUGGUAUAAUAUGAUCAUUUUCAAGUGAAUGUUGUCAGUAUUUGUACCUUAAAUAGUAAGCCAAACCGAGAGGAUUUACGGACCGAUACAAAUAUUUGUUACUUAAAAAUCCAAUAUGCCGAUAUUUUGGCCGAUAUACGUAUAUUAAAAAAAGGAAUUCAGACACAAUAAACAGAUUUCCCUAACAUCGGUCUUGUAGUGAUUUGAGUUCUUAAUAAAAAUAUCUAUAAUUUGUUUGUUGUUCGCACAGAACCGAGGCACACAAAUAUACUAAAAAAUCUGUAAAUAAAAUGUAGAAUAUCAAAAAAUCAGUGUUGCCAACAGGAACGUGGGAGAGCUCCUUGGUCGGACAAGAUAUGCAACGCCAAACCCGCAUAACCUGGUUGCCGUCAGUUUUAUUUUUAAAUAUUUACUUAUCAGAAUUAUCUCAUGCUUGAACGCAGUUACAGAAUGUAAUUGGCAUUCUCCGUCCAAAACCGACCAAGCACAGCCCUAAUGUUCAUGUGUCGCUCAGAGCAAUGUUAAUUUGUUGUACUGAUUGGUGGUAGGUCUAUUAGUCAAGGCAGAGGCAUGUGGUUUUGCGCGUUGAUAAUGCACUUCAAAAUCAACUUGGCAUGCAAGAUAGGAAUGUUUGUCUACUAUUUAGAGAUUUAUUUUGGUCAUUAUAAAAUAUUGAAAAUAUUGAAAAGAUCCCUGACAGUCGCCAGUUUUUACUGGCUUGUCCCGAGACACCCAAAGUACGUAGACAAGUAUUGAUAAGUUUUUUAUUAGUGUUGAAGGUGUACUCCAGUGAUUUAAAGAUAUAUUUUUUUUUUUUAAAGUUGUGAGAAUCAAUUUACCACUGAUUGCCAAAAUUUCCUGACUUUGUAAAGAUCAAGCUCCAAAAACAAUGGAUAAUGCUAGUGGUAUCUCUCUCCCUGGCAUGCCCAUGUCUUUCAGACUCUACAA